AUGCGCUCCUUCGCUACCCUCGCUCUCACCCUCGCCCUCACCGGCGCCUCGGCCAUCGCCGCCCCCGCUGGCUCCCCCAACACCUCCAACCUUGAGGCUCGCUCCAAGUCCGGCAAGGCAACUUUCUUUGAGCCCGGGCUCGGCGCGUGCGGAUGGCAGUCUGGAGCCAACGACAUGAUCGCGGCGCUCGCUACCAGCUCCUACGCCGGCGGCUCCAACUGCGGCAAGUGGAUCACCGUUCACCACAACGGCAACUCGGCCAAGGUCAAGGUCGUCGACGAGUGCCCAACCUGCGUCUCGGGCGACUCCGUCGACCUCUCCCCUGCUGCCUUCUCUCAGCUCGCCAGCAAGGACCAGGGUAUGGUCGACGUUACCUGGAACAUGGCCUAA